AUGGCCGCAUUGAUGCGGGGCAAGGACUCCUCCCGCUGCCUGCUCCUACUGGCCGCGGUGCUGAUGGUGGAGAGCUCACAGUUCGGCAGCUCGCGGGCCAAACUCAACUCCAUCAAGUCCUCUCUGGGCGGGGAGACGCCUGCCCAGGCCGCCAAUCGAUCUGCGGGCACUUACCAAGGACUGGCUUUCGGCGGCAGUAAGAAGGGCAAAAACCUGGGGCAGGCCUACCCUUGUAGCAGUGAUAAGGAAUGUGAAGUUGGGAGGUACUGCCACAGUCCUCACCAAGGAUCGUCGGCCUGCAUGGUGUGUCGAAGGAAAAAGAAGCGCUGCCAUAGAGAUGGCAUGUGUUGUCCUGGUACCCGCUGCAAUAAUGGCAUCUGCAUCCCAGUCACUGAGAGCAUCUUAACCCCUCAUAUCCCAGCUCUGGACAGCACUCGACACAGAGAUCGGAACCACGGCCAUCACUCAAACCACGACCUGGGAUGGCAGAACCUGGGAAGACCUCACACUAAGCUGUCACAUAUAAAAGGACAUGAAGGAGAUCCCUGUCUACGUUCAUUAGACUGCACUGAAGGGUUUUGCUGUGCUCGUCACUUCUGGACCAAAAUCUGCAAACCAGUGCUCCAUCAGGGGGAAGUCUGUACCAAGCAGCGCAAGAAGGGCUCACAUGGGCUGGAAAUCUUCCAGCGGUGUGACUGCGCAAAAGGCCUGUCUUGUAAAGUAUGGAAAGAUGCCACCUACUCCUCCAAAGCCAGACUCCACGUCUGUCAGAAAAUAUGACCACCUCUGAGGACAAGCAUCAGGAGCAGACUGUGAAUCCAUGUAUUUAAUGCAUUAUAGCAUGGUGGAGAGUAGGAUUUGGAUUUCAGAAGAAGGGGUAAAAUGAGGAAUAUGAUAAGAACAUAGAUCAAAGAAAAAGGAAAUGGAAGAUCAGAAAGGGUGACAAGUGUGGUCAGUGUGUUUUCCAUCAUGCAACUUGUUUAUGUAAAUAAUGUACACAUUUGUGAAGAUGCCAUGACUCAAAAAAAAAAAUAAAUAAAUAA